CAACAACAACAACAACAACAACAACAACAACAACAACAACAAUAACAACACCAACAUGUCGACAAUCAACGUGGUGGUCAAACACCAAGGAAAGAAAUACGACGUGGAUGUCGAUACCUCCGCGACCGGCGAAGUCUUCAAGUACCAGCUUUACAGCCUGACUGGCGUUGAACCCGACCGGCAAAAAGUGCUCCUAAAGGGCAGCCAACUCAAAGAUGAUACCGAUAUGAGCAAGGUGGGCCUGAAGCCCGGCCAGAUGAUUAUGAUGAUGGGAACGCCAGGUGAGGGUGGAGGCGCAAUCGUCCGACCAACCGAGAAGGUCAAGUUCGUCGAGGACAUGACGGAGGCCGAAGCAACACAACAAGCGGGAGCGACUCCGGCCGGUCUUCAAAAUUUCGGCAACACCUGCUACCUCAACUCGACGCUUCAAGUUCUCCGCUCCAUUCCUGAGCUCAACGACGCUCUCAAGUCAUACAAGGGUGAACAAUCAAUGCUGGACCCUACGUCGCAGCUCCGGAACCUCUACGAUAUGAUGUCGAAAACACAGGAGGGCAUUCCUCCGCUCGCAUUUUUGAAUGCUCUUCGUGUCGCCUUCCCCCAGUUUGCUGAGAGGGAAAGAGACGGCCACGGUUAUGCCCAGCAGGAUGCGGAAGAAGCUUGGUCGCAAAUCCUGACACAACUCAAGCAGAAGCUCAAGAUUUCUGAGGGUGACGCCGCCAGAGACGCAUCCUUCAUCGACAAGUACAUGGGCCUCGAACUCACCAGCGUCCUCGAGUGUGACGAGCCCGGCGCCAAGGAAGCCGGAGAGGAACCAAAGACCUCGAAGGAGCGUCUCCUCAAGCUCAACUGCCAUAUCGAUGGUCAGACCAAUCAUCUCAGGGAUGGAAUUGUUAACGGUUUGGUGGAAAAGCUCGAGAAGAAGUCAGAGGUUCUGGACAGGGAAGCGACGUACACUAAGCGUUCUCAGAUCUCCCGGCUACCCAAGUACCUAACCGUGCACUUCAUGCGAUUCUUCUGGAAACGCGAGGUUCAGAAGAAGGCCAAGAUUAUGCGCAAGGUCACAUUUCCCCACGAGCUUGAUGUGGUCGAGUUCUGCACGGAUGAGCUUAGGAAGGCUCUCAUUCCUGUCAGGGACAAGGUCCGCGAGGUGCGCAAGGAGGAGCAUGAUAUUGAAAGAGCACGCAAGCGCAGAAAGAUGAACCCUAUUGACGGCGAAAAUGCUCAAGGAUCCCAAUCUUCGUCAUCGAAGGACAAGAAGAAGGAUGAGAAGAAGCCUACUGGCGGUGACGUGGAGAUGACCACAGAGGAGACCUUCAAGACCGACGCCGAGUUCGAGGCCGAAAAGGAAGCUGAAGUACUCGCUGCCAAGAAGGAGCUUUACACUUUGAUCAAUCAAGAUCUUCUCAAGGACGAAGGUGCCAACCAGUCCGGACUGUAUGAGCUUCGCGGUGUGAUCACCCAUCAGGGCGCCAGCGCCGACAGCGGUCAUUAUACGGCCUACGUCAAGAAGACAGGGGUUAAGGAUCCCGUCACUGGCAAGGUCGGUGAGGAGGACGGCAAGUGGUGGUGGUUCAAUGAUGACAAAGUCUCUGAGGUGGAGGCGGAAAAGAUCGCUGCCCUGGCUGGCGGUGGAGAAUCACACUCGGCCCUGAUCUUGCUCUACCGCGCGAUUCCCCUUCCCAGUGCCGACGGAACCCAGUAGGGCAUAUCACAGCCUUUGCUGGUUCGGCGCGAGGAAACUUCGGAUUAGGUUUUUAUGCUAGCGAGAUGGAGUUGCAGUAAUGGUAUCUAGGUAGUAUAAGCUUUGGCCAUUGCUUCAUGAGCGUGAUGUAUAUCAGUCUUGAUUUGUUUAUAUUAUACUUGGUGUCCGCGCG